ACUUGUAAGUUAGCUUUAACCAUGCUUGUUAUAUACGAUUGUCAUCGAUGGCUUUCUUCAAUAAAUGCAAGCGAGUUCUAUGCACUCGCUGAGUAUUUGGCUCACUUUUACCCUCGUUCGUUUAUCAUAUUCUGCUCCUAGGAGCAGAAUGUAAGAGCAGACAUGUAAGCUUACAUGUCUCAGCACAUAAAGAAACUUCAGGCAAGAUGUAAACUUACCUAAGGUCGGACGUUGUAUUUCUCCGUAGGCAAAUCUACUUGUAACAAGAUGUCUUGUGGGUCAUUGACAUGUCUGUACAACUUUAUACGAUUGUAGCCGAACUAAUACCAGAAGAACGUCGGUCGCUGUCUCAAAAAACACUACCAACCAUACACUAUUUCGUAAAUAAUACCCUAGCAAAAAGGGGAAAUAAAGGCAAACAUGACUCAAAUGAACGCGACGUCCCUUGGGAUGUAUUGUUAACAAAGAAGGGCGCCAAUUGUUCUCAUUCUUCACCUUCUUUGGGGUUAGAACGUAGAGGACCCUUAUUUGUCACUUUUUGACGGCAUAAAUUCACAGUGAGUACAACCUUCAGCACAAUUUAUUGUGGGUGGAGUGCUGCCCUAGAAACAUCUGUAUUGAUCUUUCAACAACCACGUUGAUUUCAGUUGAUUUUCGCCUUUGUGCUGCACGUUUAGCAUUCUGGAGUUAGUUCUUUUUCAAUAUCCUUCUGUAUUCGUCUAGUCUUCUCCCUAAUUAGCUAGUUCUUGCCGUAGUAGGUUUCUAGUUCUGGUUACUCACUGGGAAAACCUGUACACUACGGCGAUUUUGCCUGUUUAGCUUUUAAAUCCAUCCGUUGUGUUCUUGGAGUAUUUCUUAUAUGAGAGUAAGUAGUAUGCCAAGUUCGAAAUCACCUAGUGUCUAUUGAGUAAUAAAUAGGCCUUUUCCACUUACCGUAGGAUUAUGUAAAAACGUUUAAGUCAUCAAGCCCAUUUUAAGGUUAAGGGUGUAGCUCAGGGAUUAAGCAAAUACCCGCUACGUAAUGAUCCUUUGCACUCAUUGCAAGAUAUUAGUCGUCUCCCAAACAGGGGCCUAUGACCUCUAUAUAUUUUUUGGUUCGGAUAUUGCUAAAGUCAUAUGAACAGUUUUAAACAUAAUUUUACCUCACUUUAUGAAAGUUAAUGUCGUCACUGUUUUAAUAUCUGACUUCAACCGAACAGUAGUGAGCCAGUCUUUAAAAGAUAACUUGCUGUGAUCCUAUGGUCUUUGUAAGUUAAUACUAGUGGGAUAAAGAUUUAAUUUUGUAGUUUGUGCUAUUUGCAUAUCCAAUACUCAGUGUGACGCAGCUCUAUUCUUAGGGUUUUUUCAUAUCAGAGACCACUUUAACAGGUUGUUGAUUUCGAACUGAAGUCCACUUACUUGAGCAUCCUCAGCCACUUGCUAUAUUUUGACGUUACCAGUGUAAAGCAAUGUUGUGUAUUUGAUGAUAAGUUGGCCAGGUAUUAUGUAUAUGACCAUCAAAUUAAUCAGGCAAUACAGUCAGUUGAGCAUUUAUUCCAUUUUUAAUACUAACUUAUUUAAAAUCCGGUGUGUAUUUACCAGCGAAAAAAACCAUCCAGUUUAAUUUUUUUGAUUAGAUUUUCAUAAAAAUAAUGACUUUGUUGUUGAGCUUGGAAAGUAGGUAUGUUAGUCUGUUUUUCGUCUAAACGAAGUAGGAGUAAAGCGAAUGAACCUCUCAACUGAUCAGCCGUAUGAUUUCACAGAAGCAGCAGAAGAAAUAGAAGUUCUCUCUGCUAUAUACGAAGAGGACUUUUUUAUCUUGGAGCCUGAGAACAAAGUCUACGAGAUAAGGAUCGACUCAAAAAUGGGUGAUACUACUAGCAAGGAACAAAUUAUCCUGAAAUUCCAGCAAGUCCCUGGCUAUCCUUCGAUCAAUCCAGUAAAAUAUGAGUUCGUAUUGUGAUGUUAUCAUCUAUGUUUUCAGAUUGCAUGCACCUUGGCUCAAGUGUAAUAUUCUUAAUGAACUCGACAAACAAUUGCAGCUUGUAGUCUCGUCUUCACUUGGCUCCCCAGUUGUUUAUUUGUUGGUUGAGACUGUUCGAUCAUUCAUGUGUAAUUAUUUGUCUUCGAGUACUGAAAAUCUAACCAUUCAUAAAGUUGAAGAAUCAUCAUCACAGUCUGUGCCGGAAAAUCACGAACUACCAAGUGCGGUUGUAUCGGUGCCUUCAGUAAAAUCUCAUCUUGACAUAUCUCCCCAAAUUUUGCCAUUUGCUUUAAACUCAAAAGUACCAGAGAUUUAUCAUGGUGAACCGCUUAUAGAUCGUAAAAGCGUUUUCCAGGCUCAUUGUGCACGUGUUUCUACCCGUGGUGAAGUAUCCCUUUUUAUAUCAACACUGCUUACGGAUAGAAAAGUUGCUACUGCUACUCAUAAUAUCCUAGCUUGGCGUAUCUCCUCCAAAGAAGCUGACUGUGACGAUGAUGGAGAAACACAUGCAGGUGGUCGACUAUUACAUUUACUUACAUUAUCAGGAAUUGAAAAUGUAGCAGUUAUGGUAAGUCGAUGGUAUGGUGGUAUCCAACUUGGACCUGAUCGAUUCAAACAUAUCAACAAUGUUGCUCGCCUUUUGUUAACUGAACAUAAAUUCUUAUCGAAUACCAGUGACGUUAGUAAUAAUAAUGGUACAGGACAUCAGAAAAAACAUAAACACGACAAAAAGAAAAAGAAAUAA